AUGAGUGCGUACUUUCUCACUGGACUUGUUAUAUCCUCGGGUUUUCGAUUCGACCACGCCGUCGAGAUGCCGUUAAUCGACGUCAUGGCUUGGGCCAAGGACCGGGGUCGUGACCCGGCACAGCAGAAGCAGCAGCCUCAGCCUCAACGCCCUUCUUCUUCUUCCGAGCGUCCGGAAAACCCUCGUGAUGGUCCUUCGCGGCUUGACGGCCUGCUCUCCCCGUCUCGCAAGAAAAACAAGCCCCCGCAACGCGUCUCCGAUGCUGAUACGAGAGCAGGGUCUAGCACCAACGCGAAAGCUCGCAAGGACAAUGCCCGAGUUGCCGCUGCCUCGUCCUCUUCCACCCCGAAACUCAGGCUAGGUGACGGCAACAACGACCCUUUCCACCCCGUGCCGCCCAUACCUGCCGUUCCCAGCUGCCCUCCCUACCCGCACUGGACCCCCCCUGGCCAGUGUCGCCUGCGCUUCAUCCGCCACGCGUUCAGCCUCCCCGCCAACGCGCCCUUUGAAGCCGUGGAAGGCUUCCUCGCGCGCAAUCCCUCUGUCCUGCGUCACCUGGCGGCCCAAACCGUCGCGCACCCGGACUGGACUUUCAAGGACGACGGCGGCCGCGGCGGUGGAAACACCCAUAACAGGGGCGGGAGCAGGGGAGGAGGCGGCAGUGGAAAGAGAGCAGGAGGCGCAAACGAAAGUAGAGGAGGACCACCACGAACAUCAAGGUGUGAAGGAGAGGUGCAAGUCCGCGAUGCGGAUGCCCUGCAUCGCAACGCAGUGCUCUACCAAGCCAUCGCCGAAGUACGCUGGGGGAGCGACGCGGUGCGCGACGUGCUGGCGUGGCUGGAGCACCGGGGCGAAGUCGGGGGGGAGGGCAGCGCCGAGGACGAGUACCUGAUGUGCGAAGGGCUGCGGAAGCGACGCCGCGAGAAGCGGCACGUGGUGCGGUGCGGAAGUGUGCUCGACCACGAUGACGGCUAUGUCCUGUUCAACGAGAGCGAUCGUCGGGAGCUGGCCCAGGUUAUGCGGCGGCUGAGACCGGAAAGCCUGCCCAGGAAAAGCGCGCAUCCGGAGGACAUGGCUGGCGAGGAUGAUGGUGAUGUUGAUAUGAUGGGCUAG